CUCCGCACUCACGAUAAGAUGUAAGUAUUGACCCGGGUCGGGGUGGUCCAGAUCCUCCAAGAGAUCCGACUUGGCGACAAUGUCACUGCUUCAACUGGGAAGGAAGUGCAGUGACGACAGUGUAACACUGCACGUCCCCUCCCCCGCCUCAUCACUCGUCGACGACAAAGCUGAGGUGAGGGGUUGAAGCCGAACGGUAGUAGCAAAAGGAGGAAACUCGGGUUACGUAUAAGAUGAACCUCUUCCUCCGCCCAAGUCGCCCGGGCUCUGUUCCCCUAUGGAGGCACUUGUAUAAGACCAAAGGAAAACAAGUCUAUCACGUCCAGCUCUCUUUACGAACUUUCUCAUCAUCUUCGCCUUUCUUCACUAACAUCAUAAAGCCCAACAUGGAAGUCGAGCUUACGGCCCCCAACGGCAAGAAGUGGAUGCAGCCACUGGGCUUGUUCAUUAAUAACGAGUUUGUCAAAAGUGCCAAUGAGCAGAAGUUGAUUUCCAUCAACCCAACUACCGAAGAGGAGAUCUGCUCGGUAUACGCCGCAACCGCCGAGGAUGUUGACGCCGCAGUAUCAGCAGCCCGCAAGGCCUUUAGGCACGAAUCAUGGAAGUCGCUAUCCGGCACUGAGCGCGGCGCCCUGAUGCGCAAGCUGGCCGACCUAGUGGCCGAGAAUGCCGAAAUCCUAGCCACCAUCGAGUGCCUGGACAACGGCAAGCCGUAUCAGACAGCCCUUAACGAGAACGUGCCCGAAGUGAUCAACGUCCUCAGGUACUAUGCCGGCUAUGCGGACAAGAACUUUGGCCAAGUGAUUGACGUUGGCCCCGCCAAGUUUGCCUACACGGUCAAGGAGCCUCUCGGCGUAUGUGGCCAGAUCAUCCCCUGGAACUACCCGCUAGAUAUGGCCGCCUGGAAGCUGGGGCCAGCUCUCUGCUGCGGCAACACCGUGGUCCUCAAGCUGGCCGAGCAGACUCCCCUGUCCGUGUUGUACUUGGCUAAGCUCAUUAAGGAGGCCGGCUUCCCUCCCGGUGUGAUCAAUAUCAUCAACGGACACGGCAGGGAAGCGGGUGCCGCACUUGUGCAACAUCCUCAGGUGGACAAGAUUGCCUUUACCGGCAGCACCACUACGGGCAAGGAGAUCAUGAAGAUGGCUUCCUAUACCAUGAAGAACAUCACCCUGGAGACUGGCGGCAAGUCACCGUUGAUCGUGUUUGAGGAUGCCGACCUUGAGCUGGCGGCGACAUGGUCACACAUCGGCAUCAUGAGCAACCAGGGCCAAAUCUGCACAGCCACUUCACGCAUUCUCGUGCACGAGAAGAUCUACGACGAGUUUGUCGAAAAAUUCAAGGCCAAAGUCCAGGAGGUUUCGGUACUCGGCGACCCCUUCGAGGAGAGCACGUUCCACGGACCUCAGGUCACCAAAGCGCAGUAUGAGCGUGUUCUGGGCUAUAUCAAUGUCGGAAAGGAAGAGGGUGCCACGGUGAUGAUGGGUGGUGAGCCGGCUCCGCAGAACGGUAAAGGUUUCUUUGUGGCCCCGACUGUCUUCACGAACGUCAAGCCGACCAUGAAGAUCUUCAGGGAGGAGAUCUUUGGGCCCUGCGUGGCCAUUACCACGUUCAAAACGGAGGAGGAGGCGUUGACGCUGGCCAACGACAGCAUGUAUGGCCUGGGAGCGGCUCUGUUCACCAAGGACCUAACCAGGGCACACAGAGUGGCGCGGGAGAUCGAGGCCGGCAUGGUCUGGGUCAACAGCAGCAACGAUUCAGACUUUAGGAUUCCAUUUGGAGGCGUGAAGCAGUCUGGUAUUGGGAGGGAGUUGGGAGAGGCAGGUCUGGCACCUUAUUGCAACGUCAAGAGUAUCCAUGUAAACCUGGCGGCAUGAAGGGCUGUAUCAGUUGACAUGUCAUGAAUUUGAGCGUAACCAAACUAUCUCAUCACAGCGUUAUACAAUUAGUUACCUGCACUAGGGUGAUAGGAUGAUAGAUUCAACCCCUGUACACAAUAUAUCCUGUAUUCUUGAUGAUGCUGUUUCACAG